AUGGCUAGUGAAACUGUUGUAUCAGAUCACUCUACACCCUCUGAGCAAGUUGAGAAAGAAGAGGUGAAAACUAUGGAACAGGAUAAGGUUCCUCCACCUAAGGAAACAGUGGAAUACCCAAAAACAGAGGAAUCUCCAUGUCUAGCAGACCCUUUGGCUGAAACAGAAGCUAAGCUUGAGGAAAAGCAAGUUAAACCUCCUGCGAAGGCCGAGGACUCACCUGAAGAACAAAAGAUUGAAGAUAAGACGGUUGAGCUUCCUCCGACUGAAGAAAUAAAGAAAACUGAGGAUACUCCCAUGAUUGAACCUUGUGCGGAAGCUAAUCUAGAAGUGGCAAGAAGUACUGCGCCUGAAUCAGAUACACCUGACAUUUCAGAAUCAACGCCUGAGACUGUUAAAUGCCAAUCAGAGGAGAAGUCGAAAACUGGGAGUGAUGAAAAACCAGAGAAAGUGGAAUUUGUUGGAGAAAAGCCAAAGGAGGUGCCUGAGAUUGUAGAUGUGGUUGAACCAACAUCAGUUGAGGCUGUUGCUUUGGUUGAAUCAGAACCAACCGAAGAUAAGCCGUUUGAGCAGCCUCCAACUGAAAAAAUAAAGAAAACCGAGGAUACUUCCUUAGUGGAAGCUCCUGGUAGAGAUGAUUCAGAAGUGGCCAAAGAUACUGUGCCUGAACCAGAUGCAGCCAACAUCUCAGAAUCAACACCGAAUGACGUUAAAUGUCAGUCCGAGGAGAAGUUGGAAACUGAGGCUACUGAAAAAACAGAGGUGGGAUCUAAAGUGGAGUUCGUUGAAGAAAAGCCGAAGGAGACGCCAAAUAUUGUUGACAUGGCCGAAUCGACACCAGUAGAACAAGUAGAAGCUUCAAAAGAUGAGUCUAUGUGUGAAGAAAUUUCAAAGCCAGCUCCUUUGGAAGAGGAGAAACCAGCAGAGCCAUCUGAAGUUACUGAACAAACUGAUAAAGAACCUCCAACAGUCGAGCUGGCAGAAAAAGUUGAGGUUGAAACUCCAACUGAUAAAGCUGAGGAGAUCGUGGUGUCGAAGGAAGAAUGUUUGGAUGAAGUAAAGCCAGAUGUUCCAAUAACUCAUGUCGAAACAAAAGAAGUGGAAAUCUCUCCGACUGAAAAGAUAGAUGUUGAAAAUGAAGACAAGGGAUCUGUCAAGGAAAGCAAUGUGCUAGAGGGAAUAUCAAAAGAAAAAGUUGACCCCGGAAAGAUUGAAGUAGAAACCGAACCCCCAAAACUGAAAACUGAAGAUGAGAAUAAAGAGAAAUGCGUUGUAGCUGAGGAAUUGGCUAAACCAGAAGCAAAAGACGUUGAAACAAAAGAAGCGGAAAUAUCUUGCGCUGAAAAUACAGAUGUUAGAAAUGAAGAGAAGGAAUCCGUCAAGGAAACUGUUGUGCUAGAGCGAAUAUCAAAAGAAAAAGCUGACCUCGGAAAGAUUGAAGUAGAAACCGAACCCCCAAAACUAAAAACUGAAGAUGAGAAUAAAGAGAAAUGCGUUGUAGCUGAGGAAUUGGCUAAACCAGAAGCAAAAGAUGUUGAGGAUUCUUCUAGUUCCAUUACUAAACCUGAAGAAAAAGAUGUUGGAAAGGAAAUUACUUCCAAAGACAUUGAACAGGUUGCUGAAAAUGGAAGAAAGAAAGACGAGACUAUUGCUUCUACUGAAACAUGCAAAGAUGCUUUGCUCAAAGGGAAGGUGGAUGAAGAAGAAACUAAGGACGCCGAGAAACCGUCUUUUCAUAACUAUAGCCAUAAGAUUUCUGGCACAGAACUAAGAGCUACCGUGUAUCAGGAGGAAUCCCUUCCAUGGCAUCAAUAA